CUGUCAAGCUCCCACCCAGCUGCUCUCGUCGAUCUCUGAGAUUCAGUAUCAGUGUAGCAAUGACCGAGCGCCAAUUUCUCUCUCAUUUCUGCAAUUCUUCUCCUGACUUUGCUUAAGGAAUAGUUAUCUAUUUCUGGAAUUGUGACAGGGACGUUUAUUUGUUGUUUAACGUUUGAUAUUAAGCAUUUACAGUUAUAGUUUAGCUGAAAGCGCCGUAGUCACCCGCCUGCGCAUUUCAACAAGGGAAUCACAGACGGACAGACGUGAAACAGACCCAACAUUUAUUGUGAUAAAGGUAAAGCUCGAGGAGAAAAAAGAAUUGUCAUGUAUAAAGGGGACUGUGUGAAGGUUUAUGUGGGAACACUUGGUUUGCAUCUGGAAAAUAACCUUAGCAAUCGGAGAAUCCUGAACACUCAUUGACUGCAUAGUUGCUAUUACGUCGAAGCAUUAUUACAUAGCUGACGUUCCAUUUUCAGCACCUUGGACAACGACGAACCCGUUGGCUUCACAGUGCGACACGCCGAGAAAAAAAGAUAGAUAAAUCAAGUGUUUAUCGACGGAUAUUUCUGUAUUUAUCAAUACUCCAUAUCUACGUUUAUAGCAGCGCGGAAGACUGUACUGAUUGGGGCAGAUUCCAUAUCUACAGAUCCUAUAAUAACCAAGGCAACAUGGGAACUGUACUCUCAGUCUCCCCAAGCUACCGUAAGGCUGGCCUCUUUGAUGAAAUGCCACCCCCUCUAACACAUUAUACAGCUGUGCAGAACAGCAAAAAUGCCAAGGACAAGAGCCUGAAACGCCAGUCCCUCAUCAAUGUCCUGCCAUGGAAGCGCAUUGUGGCUGCAUCGGCCAAGAGAAAAGGCUCGAAAAAACUUGCAUCUGGUGACAGUCAAGAUGAAGAGACUGUGGGCACCCUCAACAGCCAAAACUUGAAGAAGUCCCAGUCCUGUGCCAAUCUUUCUGGCUUCACCCAGGAACCAGCAGUGAGCUCCAUACCCACAUCAAAGACGACUGUCAAUGUGGCCUCCACUACAAAGAGGACCUCAAUCACUGGAUCCAUGGGCCAAGCCACCAAUGCGGGCACACCCAAAAGAGUGAUUGUGCAGGCUUCCACCAGCGAGCUCCUGAGGAGCCUUGGUGAGUUCCUGUGCAGACGCUGCUACCGACUGAAGCGCCUUUCUCCUGCCGACCCAGUACUGUGGCUCCGCAGUGUGGACAGGUCCCUUCUGCUGCAGGGCUGGCAGGACCAGGGCUUUAUUACUCCAGCUAACGUCGUCUUCCUCUACAUGCUCUGCCGUGAGGUCAUUUCUGCCGAGGUGUCCAGCGAGCGUGAGUUGCAGGCUGAGUUGCUCACUUGCCUCUACCUGUCCUAUUCCUACAUGGGAAACGAGAUUUCCUACCCACUCAAGCCCUUCCUGGUGGAAACAGACAAGGAUGGCUUCUGGAAUCGCAGCCUGGCAAUCAUCAACCGCAUGAGUAGCAAAAUGCUUCAGCUCAACUCUGAUCCGCACUACUUCACCCAAGUUUUUUCUGACCUUAAGAAUGAGUGUCAAAAGGAGGAGGAGAGCCGGUUGCUCAUUGGCUUGGAUCGAUAAGUGUGCCAUAGAAGUGGGGGGUGGGUUGUGAAUAAACAGAUUAUUUUUUUCUUUUUUUUACAUUUAUUUAGUGUCAUUAUUAGUAUUAAAAAAAAACUUUACUAAAUUGAAGCUUCGGAGCAUAGUUUUCAGGCUUAUUUGUAGCAAUGAAUGGGAUUGGAUCAGCUUUGCAAAACCCUAAUGGUCUGACCAAGAUGCAGGACACCAGUGUCUUAAUCACUAUGCCAAUAGACAAGGAAUGCCCAGACCAACUGUGCAGCAUGUCGAUCUUUCCUCGAGUGAUUCCAUCCAUACACAAACAUGAGCAGCAGUCUUAUUAUUGCUUCUUGACUGUCAAUAAAGACUGAAAUCCAUUAAUUAAAGAGCCCACACUUGUGCUGUAUUCUUACAGUAAGGAAAUGCUUGCCAUGAUGCACACAACAGACUAAGCAGUUUGAAAAUGGGACAGUAGAGCCAAGUUAGCAACAGUCUCAAAAUGUAACCAAACCAAAGACUCAGCUUAACCUCAGCACUAGUUUGAUCUUCUGGGGACUGCAAUUUCUACAUUCAAAUAAAUCCAACACAGCGAAUAUUACUGAGUAAUUGAUCAAAUGAAAUGUGAGGACCAUGAACUGCUGCUUUUGCUGGUUAGGCGACUGAAGUGCUGUCAUUUGCAUGGCAUCACAUUUUUGACAUGUUAUGUUUGUUAAGCAUAUCCUAGUGGCCUUUAAGAUGGUCAGGGUCUUAAACUGCUGCAGAUAUAGGGCCAUUUUAUUAGAUAUUUUAUCCAACCGUUGUGAGUGACUACAUCAGUUGUUAAUGACGUCAUUCUACAUGACAGUGGCAAUUGAAGAGGAGGAAAUCUAUGAUGCUUCUUGUAAUGGAGUUAAAAUGAUUGACUGCACCACUUCCAUCAGAAUCUUUCACCUCAAGAAGGAGAAUUCAUCUGUCAUGUUUUCCUUGUUACACUACCUAUUGUCUUCAUAAAAAGAACCGAAGAUCUCUAAUGGGAACAAAUCAAUGGAAAGGUAGAUAUUUUAUGUAAUUUCAACAGCAAGUACUGUAUGUUCAUAUAUGGGUGUUAAUGCAUGCUUCUUCGACCAACCACACACUCUUUAAAGAGCUUUUUUGUCGUUAUGAUUUGAUGGUCACAAAGUUAUUUUGGACAGGGUUCCAAACUAAUGUGCCAUAAGGUCAUGUAAAGUUGGUCAGUAAAGGAACCCAAUGUACACAAAGCUUUUGUAGACUUCUCAUUAUGAAAAUUAUAUUUUUGAAGGAGUGAAAGGGAAGGGACAUAAUGGAAAAUCUUUCAGAAGACAUACAAUGUCACGAGUAUUUUGUUAAAAAAAGAAAUUAAAAGUCAUUACUUUGUUUCCUUUCAUUAUUUUCAUAGUUAUACAAACAUGAAAUCAAAGCCCUACUCUGAGAUUAUUCAAGCCCUAGAGUACAUACAGUAUCAGAGAAAAUACAUUCUAAAAGGCAUUGUCAUUUGCAAAGCACAAUUAAAGGGAUAGUUCACUCAAAAAUAAAAAUUAUAUCAUCAUUUACUCACCCUCAUGCCAUCCCUGGUGUGUAUGACUUUCUUUCUUCUGCUGU